AAAGAAUGCCCCACACAAAGAUGGCGCCCAGAUCAACAAGCAUUAUCAGAACUUGACUGAAAAUACUGGAAAUACUCAGCAAGGGCAAGAGGGUAUCUAUGUGGAGAGACAGUUAAUGUUCCAGGUCAAUGACCUUUCCUCUGUUGUUUUCUGGGGGGAAAAACGCUAAGCUUCCUCUGUCAGAGGCGACGAGUGUAAAUUUUGAACGAACUUUAUUGAUACGGACAUUGGCCAUGCUGGGGCUCAUGGGAAGGGGGAGAGGAAUCUUCUGGUGACAUUUAAAGAGCGGACCCACUAAGUUGGGGGUCCUCAAAGAUGGAGUAACAGAUUGUACCAACUGAAUUGAGCAGCAAUGGCUGCAGUAGGGAACCCAACCACUGAAGCUGAACCUUCCGGAGGUGGAAAUGAGAAUCAUUCCUCCUUUACUGAAAUUCCAUAUAUCAAGGUGGAGCCACAUGCAGAUAUUCAUGCAGAAGGUGGUCCUUCCCACAAUGUUGCCAUGGGAAUGAAAUUUGUCCUUCCCAAUAGAUUUGAUAUGAAUGUCUGCUCUCGAUUUGUGAAAUCUCUGAAUGAAGAAGAGAGUAAAAACAUUCAAGAUCAGGUGAACUCUGACCUAGAAGUCGCCUCUGUGUUAUUUAAAGCUGAGUGCAACAUACACACCUCUGCUUCUCCUGGAAUUCAAGUAAGACACGUCUACACGCCAUCAGUUACCAAGCAUUUCUCACCCAUUAAACAGUCGACAACCCUUACCAACAAACAUCGUGGAAAUGAAAUCUCUGCUGCACCUUUACUCUUGCACUCUUUGUCUGUACAUCAACUGGCAGCACAAGGGGAAUUAAUUUAUUUGGCAAGCCGUAUAGAGCAAGACAAUCUGCUAAACAUGCAAGAUGAGCAAGGCUUUACUCCACUGAUGUGGGCAGCAGCUCAUGGACAGAUUGCAGUUGUGGAGUUUCUGCUACAGAAUGGAGGUGAUCCACAUCGUUUAGCAAAUGGGAGGGAGAGUGCACUGUCACUGGCCAGCAGUAAAGGCUACUCGAACAUUGUAAACAUGCUGCUUGACUACGGAUGUGAUGUGAAUGAAUAUGACUGGAAUGGAGGAACUCCUUUACUUUAUGCUGUACAUGGAAAUCAUGUGAAAUGUGUGGAGACUCUGUUGGAAUAUGGCGCUGACCCAACUGUUGAAACGGAUUCGGGAUUCAAUGCUAUGGAUAUGGCUGUAGGGUUAGGUUUUAAGAAUGUUCAACAGGUUAUUGAGGCUCAUUUGCUGAAGUUGCUAUUGAAGAUUAGGGAAUGAUUGUCUGACACCUCUGGCAAUCACAGAAGAAUAAAUUAACUGAACCAUUGCAUACUUCCUUGAGGGAGUGCUCCAAAACAUUUGUUUUUGACAAUAUAUCAAUCAACAUACUGAUUGUUGUGAUUUAUGCAUGGUGGAAGAAAGAAAAGAUUAUUCCUGAUCCAGGUUUGCUUGUGAUGUAGACUCGCUGCUGGUGAACAUGGUUAAAGGCUUGCUUUAUAAUACAUUUAUUUAAUAUACUAACAUCAUUGGAUUCGAAAGUGGGACACUAUGUUACCCAAAUGCCAUAAAGGAGCCCAUUUAUUGAGGUACAGAAGGAUUAGCUAGACACCAAGAUUACUUGAUUGGAAAAGGGGAUUAUACUUUCUAUAGAAGAAGGAAUUCCCUUCAUCCUGUAUGCUUUAUUGUGUAGGAAUCUUAUUGAAUGAUCAUCAAAUUAAGUAAGCCCACUAUGGAUGUUUGGAGUUUAGAAGACCUCUAAACUCAUCUUCAGGCAAGAACAGCAUUUGGAAUGACUAUCCCUGUGUCUCCUUUCAGGUUGGGGGUGAAGUGUAGUGGGAAUCUGUAAAUGGGAUUCCUUUAGGUUUGAGAUGGCUCCAAACAGAUAAGCCUGAGAAUGGAAAUUUGGAACUAAUUCGUCCAUUAGUGUCAGACUGGUAACCUGAUACCUGAACCAAGCAAGCCUACAAUAUUAACCAGUCCAUUUUGCUUACUGGCAUAGACCUAUAACAGUGGGAGAGGGUGGAAGCUGGCAUUUUUCAACAUUGCUCCAGAGAAUCCUGUGAGCCAGUACCCUAACGUAUUGGAUGGUCCUGGCUGGUCAAGCAGUGAGAGGUUUACCAAUUUAUCAUGCUGGUAAGCUCCGUAGCCAUAACUGGAAGAAUUCUAGUUCCCAAUGACAGGCCUAUUCCUCCAAAUUCCAUUAGGAAGUCGGAUAGGCUGGUCAAUCAAUAACACUCGCCAGGGGUACUAUGCAUUUGGAUGUCUCAAAGCCUUCACUCUACCAGUCAACGUCAAAGGUAUCUGGAAAGGGUGUAUCCCUAUGAAGAUGGUUCCCAUUCUGGCUGAACAGAAAUUCUACUUGGCUUAGAAAUUUUUGAACAUGGAGGUUCUGAUCUUUUCAGCCACCUGACUGAUCCCAGAAAAAGAAGGAUUUUGAAUUUUGUUUCAAUUUUCAAAAUUGUUAUCAUAACUUCUCGGUAUUGCUCUCCUAAGGAGCGUGCAGUCAUCUAAAAUUGGAAAAGGGUCAGUUCCUGGUCACAUUGUUGUGAGUUUUUUUUAAGAAUCGAGUGUUCUUCCCAAAGUAGGCCAUGUCCAUUUGACCUGAGAGCAAUCCUGCUAGCUUAUCUGGUUUACUGAGCAAUUUGAUUACUUAGCAUUCACUCUGGAGUUAAGAAGGAUUUAGCAGCUAUGUUGUUUAUAUUGGGGGAAUUCUGGGAUGGAAUGUGUAUGGAAGUUGCACUCAUCUGUAUUUCAAACUGUGUGACUCUCUUAGAUUACAGUGGUAUCAUUUCACACCAGGUCCAGUAAAAAUUUCACAUCAGACUAUUCUGUUGCCUUUUGUGUAUUAUUAUUGAAGAGUUGUAGAUUUGUUCCAUUCUGUAAUUGACUCAAACUGAUAAUGACAUAAAGAGAGUAUGUUUGAAA